AUGGCUUCAGAUCUGCCUCAGCAUGGCUCUGCACAAUCCGAUCCAAGGCGGGAAGGCAAUGCAGUCGCAGCUCCUCCGGAAUAUCAUUCGCAGACCCACGCCAAUGUAUCCUUUGCGACGGGAACCCCACAACCGCCUGGACUACUGAACAGGAAGAAGCAGAGAUCGUCCAAAACAAAGACCGACAAAAUAGUCACCAAAUCCAUCUCCACACCACAUCUUCGAGACAACAUCAUGUCAGAAUCGGAGGCCGACAAGAAGAGGAACAAACUUGGCUACCAGAGGAUAUCGAUCGCUUGUGCUCACUGCCGUCGUCGUAAGAUCAGAUGCGUCGUCGCAGAGGACGACCCCGAACAGAGAUGUAACAACUGCAUACGUUUGAAGAAAGAAUGCGUCUUCUAUCCCGUCGACCAGCAGGCCGUCAUCGAUGCGCGAUCGGACAGUUCUAGCAAGACGAACAUUCCCUCCGCGCCCUCGUCGGCGGUUUCGACAUCACCACUGCAACCAGGAGGCGCGCGAGGGUUCGAUCAGCACGCGUUCAUGACGAACUAUCCGCCCACAGCACCGCCUCCGCCAGUAUCAACUGCUUAUCAAGGAGUUCCUCUCGUCCCGAGCACAGACGUUCCGACGCAAGGAUAUUCACCGCACGAUUAUUCGUUCCAGGGCCCAGCUCAACCAGCCUCGCAAUGGGGACCGCCUGACGCCGCAGCCCAGAGCCGGCAGGCAUCGAUAGCGCACACUCCGAGUGCUCAACAGUCGUUCACGCGAUACAAUUCCAUACCAGCUCCGGACGUAGCGCCAUUCCCUGGGCCUGAGCCUUACGAGCAGCUUCCUUCGAACGCAUCGCAGGUGGCAUACGGUGGAUACGACGAGCACGUGCAGCAGCCUCCGCAUGCCUGGCAGCACCAAUCUCAGGCCGGGAGGCCAAUGCAGUAUUCAAAUUACCCACAGCACUACUCGACGUAUCAACAGGCCCCCCAGCUACAGAAUGACUACCGCCGGCCGCAAGCUAUGCCCGCCCCUGCUAACCCCAUGAUGCCGAUGCCAGCCUCUGUACCCUCCCACGGCCAACAACAGUAUGCGGUGCACCAUGGCCAGCGCAGUGCAAGUGCUCCUGGAACCCCUCAAAUGCCAUAUCCUGGUGCUCAUCAGGUUCCAUGGUAUCCCUCAGCACCGUCCCAUUCGCCAGCACACGAUCAACCGCGCAAGCUACCAAGCAAUUAUCCGCCUCCUGGAGGCUUCGGCCCCGGAUAG